AUGCCUAGACAGAUACAGUGUGUUGCACCUUUAAAAGAGCCAAAACCAUUAAAUUCUGCAUUACUCACUGUUCUUACGGUGUUUAGACAUGGUGCACGUGCUCCAAUUGAUUCUUGGGCUCGUAAAAAUGAAUCUGGAACUUGGAUUUGCGAUUCACCAGAUGCUAUUGCUCCCGAUUAUGAACCAGACUCAAAUCGGAAGUUUAGAAGAUACCACAAAGUUAUAGAUACCACUCCAUUCCCACCAAAUUGCGACUCAGGUUCUUUAAUUAUCGAAGGAAUGCAGCAACUCAAAGAAUUAGGUGCCUAUUUUAGAUCAUAUUAUGUUGACAAAUUGAAAUUUAUUCAGCCAAACUUCGAUCCAUUUGAAAUUUUUAUUCGUUCUUCAAGAUCCCCGCGUUGUCAAACAUCUUUGAGAUCAUUUUUGCAGGGACUCUUCCCAGAGUCUCCUCGUUCAGAAAUAAUUACUUAUCUCACAGGAGCUGGAGCAAAUGAGCCAUUAAAUCCAGAUCCAUAUACCUGCAAGGAUAUGGUUGAUGCUUAUGCAGAAUUCAUAUCAACACCAAGCUACAAGGCUCGUGCUAAUGUAUCUUUAGCUCUUCAGAAGCCAUUAUACGAAUACUUAAAUUUGACAGCAGAUGAUCAGAAUUGGAUGUGGUUAGGAGAUUGGAUGUAUUCAUUUGUAUGCAGUAAUCAACCAAUUCCUUCAAUUGUUACAGACGAAAUGUUUGAUGUCGCAAUGAAUGAUACUUUGUAUUAUUCUGGAGGUUUUGCCGAACAAUAUCCAGAUAUAAUGAGUGGAGGUUCAUUCAGAACAUUGUUUGAACAUAUUGAUGCAGUCUUGAGUGAAAAAAGACGUUCAAAAUUUGGAAUCUUUUCUGCUCAUGAUUCAACAGUUACAGCAAUCAUGACAAAACUUGGACAUCCAUUCAAGGUCGAUAUUCCUCCAUACAGAAGCUACAUUACAUUCGAAAUUUACAAAGAUUUGAAUGUAAGAGUACUUUUCAAUGGAGAACCUGUUACUAUUGAUGGACAGGAAGUUAUUAGACUUUCUAAACUACGUGCAAAAGUAGUUGAUACUUUCUCAAAAUGUACUUUCUAA